GGUUCAUGAUAGACUGGAGCACCGUAUCACCUGACUGGCCGUAUCACUAGAUACUUUCUCCUCACUCCACAGUCCACUGCUCAGAGUGAAGAAGGACCGUCUCUUCCGUAGAAACGUCGCCCCCUCUCCUCCAUAGCUUGCAGCUUCCUCUUGCCAAAUCCGGGCGCAAACCCGCCGGAGAUCUAUGGCGGACCACAAGAAACCGGCAGACCAGCAGAACAAGAGGCAGCGGGUUUCCGAGAACGCCGAGAGCAGCAGCAAGAAGUUCAGCAUCAAGGAGGUAGUUGGCUCGGGGGUCACGGGGACGCGGCCGUUUGCAUCGCCCAGUCCAGUUGCCAAGGCAAAGCCAAUCGCGGUGGUGAAGCCAACGGCCGCUAUGGUGGCAGUAACCGGUCCAGUGGCCACCAUGGCACCGGCAUCGGCGGAGCCCAGUCCGGUUGCCAAGGCGAAGCCAACGGCCGCUACGGUGACAGUGACCGGUCCAGUGGCCACCAUGGCACCGGCACCGCCCAGUCCGGUUGCCAUGAAGAUGCCUACGCCGGCGGCGCCCAGUCCCGUGGUCACCAUGGCACCGGCAACGGCACCGCCCAGUCCAAUGGCCACCAUGACACCGGCGCAGGUGGCGCCCAGUCCGGUGGCUACGAAGACGCCGGCGCCGGCGGAGCCCAGUGCAGUGGCCACCAUGGCACCGGCACAGGUGGUGCCCAGUCAGGUGGACACGAAGACGCCGGCGCCAGCGGAGCCCAGUGCAGUGGCCACGAAGACCCCGGCGCCGGCGGCUCCCAGCCCAGUUGCUACGGCGAUGCCGGCCGCCGUGGUGAACCCGCCGGCCACGGUGAAGCAUGAGCCGGAAGACGGAGGGGUGCUCGAACUCGACGAACAAGUAACAGCAGCCAUGGUAGCCGUGGCACCAGCGGAAGAGGAGGCCGCCAUCUUAGAGGUGAAGAAGAAGUGGCUUCACUGCGCCGCGUGCCCUGCUCCCCUCAAGCGUCCCAUAUUCAUGUGCGGGAAUGGACACGUCGUGUGCUGCGCCUGCGGCGGCGGCGGCAAUGGCAAUGGCGACGGCGGAGCGAACAAGCACUGUGAUUUGUGCGGCCGCGCCACCGCCUACACCCACAUCCCCUACAUGGACGGCCUGGUCGACGCGUACCAGGUGCCGUGCCCCUACAGGAAUUUCGGCUGCGCGAGGUCCAUCGCCUACCACUCGGCCGCGGAGCACCUGGACAAGUGCGCGCACGCGCCCUGCUACUGCUUCGAGUGCGCGUUCCAGGGCUCGCCGGCAAGCCUCCUGCGCCACCUCACGGAGGAGUCCGGCCGGCAUUGUUGGCCCAUGGAGAAGAUCAAGUACCAGAUCUGCCGCCCGCUCGUCGUGCCGGCGUCGGAGCACCGCCUUCUGCUUGUGGCGGAGGAGGACGGCCGCGUGUUCCUCCUGGCCGUGGGCGCGGGGAGGGGCGCCGCCGGCGUCCGCCCCGUCAACGUCGUGUGCGUCAGGGGCAAUGUCGACGCCGACGCGAGGCCGGUGUACACAGGCGUGCUCUGGGUGGAUGGCCCUCCGGCCGCCGCAGGCCACCUCAGGAGCAGCUUCCAGCUGAAAGGCGACGUGGCGAACUGCGGAGUCCCCGGCGAGGUGGACAUGGAGCACGGGCGCCUCCAUGCGCAUGUCAAUCCGGAGAUGCUGCACGGGGAGUCCAAAGAGAUUCAUCUGCGCAUUUGCAUUACCAAGUUCUGGUGAAUUAGCUAGCCCCCGAGUUAAGGUGAACGAAUCACUGCAGACCGUAUUGUCAGUAGUACGUUAGUUGCUGCGUGCUGUUCUAUUUUGGUUGGGUCCGUGUGUGCUAUAGCUGUCCAUUCCCAGUGGCUUUAUACAUGAACCAUGGUUAUGGGCCUUCACUAAUUAUCAUCCGAUGAUUCGCCCUUGA